AUGUUUUCGUUUAUUCCUGCCUGGAUUCAACCAAUUAUAUCAUCAGAAAAUUCAACAAUUAAAGUUUCUUCAUUUUGUGCAAUGCAAGAUGUUCUCGGUCAAAACUUUUAUAAUAUUCAAUUAGAAAUACGUAAAUGGUUCCCCUUUGUUUGUAUUGCAAUUCUUUGUCUAACAGCUUUAAUUCUUUUUUCUUUACAAUUAAUUCAAAAAGGACAUUUUAAAUGGUCUGAUAAUAAUAAACAAUCAACUAAAUUAUUUUUAUUACUUCUCUGUAGAGCUUUUUUAUUUAUUAUUUGUGUUCACAUUCCUCUUUUAGAAUUACCUUUAGUUAUGAAAACUGCUUUUCCUGACAGACGUUCUUCUAAUAAAUUAGAUGUUUCAAAAAUUCCAAAUGAGCAAAGAUUUCUUCAAGAAAUUUUAAUUCGAAUUUGGCAAUCUCUUUUAAUUGGAUUGUUUGAGCCUUUAUUGGACGCCUUCUUUCUGCCUCAAUUUCCUGCAGAAAUUUGUGCUUUCUUUAAUUUACACGAAGUAAAUAAAUAUUAUUAUUGGAGAUAUUUUUAA